AUGACUGCUUCAUAUGCUCAAAACCACAUGCAGGUUCUUAUGAAUUACUUGAUGAGUAUUACUAAGAAACUUGCAACAGAAGAGAAUCAUGCAAAGUGCAUUUUAGCAGUCUACUGGACCAUUCUUUGGAACCAUUUUAAACUAGAAAUCAACAUUAUAGAUAGAGAUGAAAUUUCCCAGAUUUUUCUGUCCCUUGAAAUAACAUCUGAAGGGAAUUCAUGUCCAAAAUUCAGUGUAUUAUCAAACUGGUUGUCGGAGGAUGAACGAAGGGAAGUUGUUGAAGCUUUGGAAAGUUUGAUGACUUCUUUGCAUCCAGAAAUGUGGAUACGAACAUUACCAUUAUUACAUUUUUUGCGUGAUGACAUAAAGCCAUUUCAUAAGGUUUCUGAGUCUAUAAAUAUUUGUGAUUCUACCAACCCAAGUUACUGGGGACUUCAGAAUCUGUGUUGUAAAGAACAAUUACUUGUAAAAGAUUUCAUCAAUAUUGAAGAACUAUGCAAGUGUGAUCAUCUUUUAGCAAGGAGUUUCUUGUAUCUGACAGACUUGUCACAUCUCUCAAAAGUGAUGAAUUUAGGAAAGUUUCAUCCAAGUUUACUGCUUGCGAUUAUCUUAAGAAAUAUAAAAGAAAAUGACAAGGAAGCUGUAAGUUAUAUGAAAGAAUGGGCAGAAGAAGUGAUCAAUGCUUACAAGAAUCUAACAGAAAAAUCAUGCAGAAAGCCCAAACCUCCUCUCAUAGAAAAUGAAGCAGAAGCUGCUCUAAAUCAUGUUCUUCACCUCAUUUUGACAUGUGGCAGAUACAGAACAUUUGAUAAAAGAGAGAUAUUUUAUCAUGUAAUAAAUAUCUUUUCUCAUGUAACAAAAUAUAUUAAGAAUGUAAGUAGCUUCCAUACAGACUGUGAUUUAACAGAGUUAACUAGGAGUACACUUAGCAAAGCACAAGAUUACACAUCUCAGUGGAUGACCAAACUGUUGCCAGAAACUUUAAUGGAGUAUAACACAGAAAAAAGAAAAUAUUGGAUCAGAGAUUUUCGAGAGAUAGAGAUAUGGUCAAAAAUGUUGAGCUGUGAGUUCUCCUCUGAUGUUCAAGAUAUGUGGGAAAAUAGCAUUUUAGCUUUUAUCCGAACUCGCAUGAAAAUUAAUAACAGUGAAACAAUAGACCUGUACUGUGGUAUAUCUGAGUUUAGAGACAAGUUGCAUCAUAGUGUUUGGAAAGAAUUGCUCAGUGCUGCUGUUAAGGCUGUUAAGAAAACAGUGGAGGAAGGAAAAACAUUGUUAUUUGUGAAUAAAGCUGAAGUGUUUGGCCCUAAUGACCUAUUUAUUGAAUUGAUGAAUGUCUUGUUCAAACAUCACCAUCUAUUCUCAAUGGAGGUUAUUCACUUGAAUGACAUUUGUAAUUGGGAAGGAGGAACAAAAUUCUUAGAAGUUUUUGUUCAAAAUCAAGAAAUGAAAUGGCAUGAUGGUGUUUUUCGAAAAGUGAAGAUGAUUAUUGAUACUGUCCUUAGAUUUUCACAUUUGGUUUGUAGUGGAGAGAUACUGCUUAAAGAUAUUGUGGUACUGAGGGACAAUGGGCAAAAGAUUUGUGAGCUUUAUUCCCCCUGCUUGUCUUACCACAAGAAUAUUCAAGAUGAUUUUAAGUACCCCACUGUCGUGGAGCUCUCAGACAUUAUGAAAAGAAGAUCUGAUGAGAAAACACAAGUUGAUAAAAUCAUCACUUGCUUUAAAGAGUUUCGAAACCUUUACUCUUUAGCUUCUAACUCAAUGGAUAUCAGUCGUUUGGACAAGAUAAUAUCUAUGAAUUACUCUGAAUUUCCACUCUGUGACAUUUUAUCUUUAAAUCAAUCAUCAUCAACACAUCCUUGUGCAAUGUUUGAAUUUGAUGCAUUUAGUUUCAGUUGGAAUGAAAUAAGUCGCAUGUUUGAAUUUGUAGAGUUAUUAAAUAAUGGGAGAGUAAUUCAACAUAUGUUUCAUCAAAGAGCAGCCAAAUUUGAAAAAGAUGAAGUAAUGACAAUUGACAGUUUUCUUAAUACAUUUUUUGGUUGUUUGGAGAUGGAAUGGAAAGGCUUCUGUAAAGAACUUGAAAUGGGAACAUUAAAAAUAGGUAAAGCAGAAGAAUUGCUACAUUUUUUGAGGGAAAAUGAUGAAGAACUUGAAAAAGAAUUAGUGAAAAUAUGGGAACAGAAUAAAUUGAGAAGUGAAGUAAUGAUUGAAAGGCAAACCCAAAUCUUGCAACUAUUUAAAAUUCGUCAGAAAGCAAAAGCUGUCCGAGUUGCAGAAAAGUUGAGACAAAUGCUAGGAAUUGAAGAGAAGUUUGAAAGUUUUCAGUUCAUAAUUGACUCAGAAAAACCAGAAUUCUUGGAACAAGAAUUAAACUGCCUAAGCAGUGUUUUGGAAACUGUGAAAUUUUUUGAUGAAUUCUGUAAACCUGAAAAACUGAAAUGUAUGGAAAGGCUUAGUGCAUGUAAAAAAUGUUGGCAAAACCUAGAAAUUGAUCCAAAAGUUGCAAACAAACUGGAAAGUUCGGCCCAGUUUCAAGCUUGGUUUGAGGAAGUUUGUCAGUCUUAUGGAUCAGUGGAAACUUCUUCACUUACUAAAGUAGACAUGAUCAAUGAAAGUGGCAUUUACCAGAUUGGUGGAUAUGGGGAAAUAUUGAGAAAGAGAGGAUCAGAAAUAGAACUAAAAGAUGUGGUACUGCUGAAAGUGAGAGAUACAAAAACUAAGAGUAGUAAAAAAGAGGAGGAAAAAAGAACCUAUCAUAUGGAGGACUUGUAUGAUCUGAGAAAUAAACUCAUGUUAAUUACACACAAAACUGGAGGUACUAAAGAGAGUGUUAGUAGGUUUAUUGAGAUUUUAGAAGGAGUUGAAAGGCUUGGUACUGCGUAUCUAAAACUUCAUCAAGCUGGUUGUGUUAUUUUUUUUACAUGGACUGCGUUUGUGUUUUGUGAUCAUUAUGAAAAAGUUAAAGUUUGUGUGGAUUUUGGUAACAGUGCUGAAUGCCUGCAUAGUACAGAAACAGUGACGAAUGAGCUUCCAAAACUUUGUGAAUUUUUAGAAUGGUGUUCAAAUGAAUGGCAAGUUUACAUAGAUCGUCAGAGAAAGGAGUACAGUGAACUAAAUCUAUACAGUGUAAAGCAACUUGUCAUACUUUGUGUUAGUUUUGCACAGAUCUACACCAGAAAAAUAAGUAAAAUUCCACUUGAUACUUUCCUCCUCCUCCAGUUAGUGAAGGAAAACUGUACAUUUGAUGAAAUAUACAUGCUUAUUAAAAAUGUUUUGGAAAGUAGUGCCAAAAUUACUAAUAAAGAGGAUAAAGAAAAUCCUGAAAGUCAUCAAAAUCUACAAAAUAGCAUAACAGCUGCUAAGUGUGUGAGUGACUUAAUAUCUAAUGGCUUAGAUGAGAAAGUUGUGAAAGCUUGUAUCUUAGAUAUAAAAUCUCAGAAUGUGGAUGACAUGUUACAAUGGUGCAUUGACCAUAUGAAUGAUCAUCAACUUCUUGACACAAUUCUUCAAGAAGCUGAUCAUGAGAUUGUUGAUGAAAAUAUAGAAAAUCUCCAAACUGACAUUAAGGUCUUUGGAACUGAAAUUACAGAGGGUAUCACCUCUGAUGAAACUAUGAACCUUGAGGUUCUUGAUGAGAAUACUGAUGGUUCAAUGAGUUUUGAAACUGAUCAUAAGGUUUUCAGUGAUAGUGAUAAUACAGAUAUGGAUCAUCACAAGGUUCUAGAUAAGAAUAAAGCUACAAGUGGCAUUAAUGAUAAAACUUAUCAUGAGGAACUUGAUGAAAGUGAAGGUUCUAAUAGUUUCAUCAUUGAUGAUACUGAUCAUACGGAACUUGAUGAAAGUGAAGGUUCUAAUAGUUCCGUCAUUGAUGAUACUGAUCAUACGGAACUUGAUGAAAGUGAAGGUUCUAAUAGUUCCAUCAUUGAUGAUACUGAUCAUAAGGAACUUGGUGAAAAUACUGAUGACUUCAUCUUUGAUGAAGUAGACAAUAAGGUACUGAAUGAGUGUGAAGGCUCUGUUAUUGAUGAAGCUGAUAUGAAGAUACUGGAAGAAUUUGAUGAUGAUAUACUAGUUGAAAAUUAUUUUAGAGAAGAUUUUGUCAGUGAUAAAACUAAUUUCAAAACUCAGGCUAAAAAUGGUGAUACUGCAUGUUUCAUCAACAAGGAAGAUACAUGUUUGAAUAAUAAAUUCAGACAAUCAGAUCAUCAAAAUUAUCUGCCUGAUAUGACUCUUAGCAGUGUAAGAGAUAUCACACAAGAAAUUGUUAAGAUGUGUUCUUGUUCUGAAGAGAACUUUUUAACAAAGUUAAAGACAAUAUGGAAAGAGUUUCUUGAUUCAGUUACAGUUACCAGCAUUACUGAUUAUAUUAGUAUUACCCACUUAGGAGAAAUGUUAAGGUUACUUAAGAAAAAGUCAAAGAAAGUAAAUAUAACUCGUAUGUGGCCAGAAUAUCUUCAAGAAGGUCAGGUCAAUCUAGUUGUGGUACCUGAAUCAGAUAUCUACAGUUCAGUACUUUCUGUAUAUAGUGAGGAUGAGAAAAAGCCUCUUCCAAGAGUUGAUGAAGUUCUUGUGUGCCAAAAAAACACUUCUAUUGAGGAAGUUACUUUGCUGAUAAGCCGAGCUAUGGAGGACAAAGAAGGAAAGAUUUUCAGCUUGAUUAAUGGCCAUUUGCUUGAUUAUGAAAAUAGCAAAACACUGGAGAGUUAUCUCACAGGUAUCCUGUCAGAAACACUGCAUCUUGUUAUAUUUUGUAGCAGAGAGCAAGAGAAAAGUUCUUAUGUGAUAACUGCUUUUGAGCAACAAAUUGUGCUGAGAUUCCCAAGUCCUAAUUUUCAGUAUUUGAGGAAGUAUGUCCAUAACCAUCUUCAGCACACUUCAACUGUAUUAAGUGCUGCUGUAGUAGACUCCAACAGAUAUCUUACAAGAAUUAUAAGCUCUGCUCGACCUUGUCUUGGUAAAACUCUGGCAGUAAAGAGGAUGGAAGAACAGCUUCAGUUUUAUACACACAGAAAAAAAAUCUUAAAUUCAGUACAGUUGCAGUCUAGAAUAAUUGAUAUGACUGAAGUUAUCAUCUUUUUAAAAGAUUGUUUGAAAAAUGUGGAAAACUGGAUGCAACCACAGAUAUUUCAUCUAGAUAUUACUCCCAGUCUUAUUCCUCCUUAUCUUCUUCCUCCUGGAAUUUGUUCCAAUUGUCCAGUUGUUCCAAUUGAUUUGACAUCUCAACUUUUCCCUCGCAUUUCAUCUUCGUCGGCCAUUGGAGGAAAUCCUACAGUCGG